AUGAUGAAGUUAAGCAUUGGAAUAUUUUUUGGUGGUCUUUUUGGCGCUCUUGGAAUUUUAGUUUUUUUGGUAGCAUUUGGAUCCGACUACUGGCUUCUUGCCAAAGAAGUUGACAAAUGCUCAGGAAAUCAAGGGGCUGAGGGAACUGAUCCAGCCCUUUUGCACCAUGAGGGUUUCUUUUGGAGAUGCUGGUUUACCACGGAUGCAGGAUUAGAUAACAACAGCAUGGCAGCUUUUUGGAUUACCAAUCAAGCCCCAACAAAGAACUGCACUCAUGCUUACCUGUCUCCAUUUCCAAGAAGUAGAGAUAACAGUAAUUCUACGGUGUACCACUCGGCAGUAGUAUAUCGUGGAUUUUGGAAUAUAUUUAUGCUCCUUGGCGUAGUGACUGUUGUUGCAGGAGGUUUCUUCAUCAUAUGUGCUGCUCCUUUCACAAACCAUAGGCUCUACAAGGCUGGAGGGGGUCUUUUUAUCACUUCUGGUAUAUUUUUCACCUUUGUUGUUGUGAUGCACGUCAUCUGGGUCCAGAGUGUAUCAGAUGUGAAGGGUUACCAGGAUAUGAGACAAGAGGAUUGCCCAGGUUACACAGUGGACAUUCGCUAUGGGUGGUCCUUUAUGUUAGCUCCAUUCGGCAUCUUUUUCUCACUUUUGGCAGGAAUGCUCUUUCUCUUAGUAGGACAUACCAUAUUCUUACACAUAAAAUAA